AUGGAAAAUCAAAGAUUUGGGAAUAUGAAGGAGUCAAAAGAGCAAAAUGAUCAAUUAGCAGAAGGAGUACCACGAACACAACAACAACUUCAGGGUUCCGUAGCAGUAGUACCACAACAGAUCCUUGGGUCAUCAUCAUCAUCAUCAUCAUCAUCAUCCUCAAUAAAACCAUCAACAACACCAAUUGCAUUUCUACAACAUACAGCAGCAGCACCAGCAGAUCUAGCAAUAGAUGAAGGAGGUGGAGCUCGAGAUGUGAUCCGGGUACGUCAACGCCCUCAUAUACCACCGAAACCACAGAUGGACACCGUCAGAUACAGCAUGGCGAAUGUACAAGAAAGUUGUGAUUGGGAAUUGGAUACUUUAUUAGGUGAGCUAUCAGCUCUUGAACAACAACUUACUGUUAGUGGUGAUCAGGCUCUUCUUGGCCUUCCAACACUUCCUACAACUACUUCACGUGAAAGUAGCCUUAAUCAAAGUAAACGAAAUAGUACACUUUCAACUUCAAUUAUACAACAACAUAAUGAUACAAAAAGGUUAGCAUAA